AAAGCAUUUAAUUUUGCUCGAAUGGUGAUCAACAACGAUGCUAGUUAUCCCAGACAAUCACCACGUGGCCAUUAUGGGCGACAACUCCUGAUGGCGAUGGUUGUGAAUAAAACCACCAUUGCUGAUAAUUAUAAAUUAGGCGCUGCAAUCUGUAACCUAGCCAAUCAAGGUGUAGCUGCUAUAAUUGGUAUCGGACACCCUGAUUCUUAUAAUACCAUACAGUCUUACAGCCACGCCUUAGAAAUACCAUAUAUUCUCGUAACUCCCGCUCGGUCUAUACCAAACGAUGUGUAUCAAUAUGACGUCAGUUUGUGCCCGCCUUUUGCUGAUGUCGUCAUAGAUUUGAUUGACAGGUUACAAUGGCCCAAGGUGUACUAUAUUUAUGAUUCCGAUGACGGUCUGUGGCGGCUACAGAAGGUCUAUCAAUAUUUCCAACGAAGAAAAUAUGGUCCUAUCGUAAUUGAUGCUUACCGAAUCAAAUCAGUAGCGAAUUCGUACGAACAACUAAGACGACUGGAUAACAAAGAGUUUGAUAUUAAAAGGAUCGUGCUAGAUUUAUCUACUCCUGGUGCCUAUAGAACCAUCUUAGAGCAGGUGGUGGAUAUGGGAAUGAACAGAGAUAACUACCAUUAUAUUUUAGCUGGGCUGGGUGCGGUAGAUUUAAACGAAUCUAAUUUUUAUGACAUGUUUCUGUAUGGUGGAGUAAAUAUCACCACGUUUGAUACGAUUGACAAGCGAAGCGAGAUUUACAGACGCUGGAAAACUUUAGCCAGGAAAUACAGUCAACAGUUUAAAGAUCUGUACCCUUUUAAGACGGAAACAUCGUUAAUGGUAGAUGCAGUAAUGGUGGUACAUGAAGCCAUAACCAGUCUGUACACUCAAGACAAGCAGAGUAAACUGUUCCGUGCCAACAGAAGAACCUUGGAUCGUCUACGGGUCCAGUGUCGAGCAGAGUCUAUCAAGCCGUCUUAUAUAGGUCGGCAUAUUCUGGAAAAACUCUUACAGGUGGAACUACAAGGGUUAACAGGACCAGUUGUUUUCAAUGCUAAGGGUAUCAGGAAAGAUUAUUCUUUAGAUGUUAUGAAUAUGGGAUUUCAGGAGAGUUUUAAAAAGGUACAAACAUGGAAGCCGAGAACAUCAAAACAUUUACCAGAUUACUCGAUUCACAGGAAUAAUACCGAUCUGAGGAAUCGAACACAACGAAUAGCCACAGUAUUAGAGAGUCCUUUCACCAUGAGAAGGCAGAAACGAGAUGGGGAACCUCCGGUCGGUCCUAACGGGCAAUAUGAAGGGUUCUGUGUGGAUCUGAUAGAGAAAGUGGCUGCUAAAGUCGGUUUUGAUUAUGUUAUUCUUCCCAGCAAUGAUUAUGGCAAGAAAUUACCAAAUGGAUCGUGGACUGGAAUGAUUGGUGAUCUUGUUCGGAAGCAAAAAGACAUUGCAGUGGCAUCGUUAACUAUAACAGAAGAACGGGAGAGAGCUGUAGAUUUCUCCAAACCGUUCAUGAGUACUGGUAUCAGUAUCAUGAUAAAAAAACCGGAUAAACAGAAACCAGGUGUCUUCUCCUUUAUGCAGCCGUUGGACAUGACGGUCUGGAGUUGUAUUGGUAUUGGCUUCCUGGCCGUGAGCUUCGUGCUGUUCUUCGUGGGAAGAUUCAGUCCGUAUGAAUGGAGUGGUGAUGGCGAUAAAGACGAAGAAGUGGCGAAUACUUUCACAAUAUCUAAUACUAUGUGGUUUUCAUUAGGGGCUUUGAUGCAGCAGGGCUCUGAUAUAUCCCCGAGAUCUUUAUCUGGAAGACUGAUUGGCAGUGCUUGGUGGUUUUUUACCCUCAUCAUCAUCUCGUCCUAUACUGCCAACUUAGCUGCUUUUCUGACCAUUGAGAAGAUGUUGACUCCAAUUGAUUCAGCUGAUGAUUUGGUCAGACAAACUGAUAUUAAAUAUGGUACCAAGAUGGAAGGCUCUUCCUGGGAAUUUUUUGAGCAAUCCCAAGUACAAACGUACAAACUGAUGUAUAAAUACAUGAAAGAGAACAAAGAUGAAGUGUUAUUUAAAAAUGUACGAGAUGGGGUGGAGAAAGUUAGAUCUGGUAAAAAUAAAUACGCCUUUCUUUUGGAGUCCACCAUGAAUAAUUAUUAUAACCAACGAGAACCAUGUGAUACUAUCAGAGUAGGUGAAAAUUUAGAUAAUAAAGGUUAUGGUAUAGCUACUCCUGUCGGCUACCCACACAGAGAUGCCAUCAAUAUAGCUGUAUUGGAGUUACGUGAAGUUGGUGAACUCCACAAAUUAGAACAGAAAUGGUGGUAUGAUAAGGGUGAAUGUGGUAAUGCUGACGGUGGUAAGGAUGCGUCUCAAAGUGCUUUAACAUUAAGUAACGUGUCUGGUAUAUUUCAUAUCCUAAUCGGUGGACUGGUGUUAGCUAUGAUAACAUCUUCACUGGAAUACCUGAUACAGAAGAAAUUAUACGCCAAUAAAGCUAAGGUUUAG